AUGGAAGACGUCGGAGAAGGCAAAGAGUUCUCUUUCCCAGGCGAGGAAGAGAAGAUCCUCUCGUACUGGACUCAGAUAGACGCGUUCAAGACGCAGCUCAAACGAACGGAGCAUCUCCCGGAGUUCAUCUUCUACGACGGGCCUCCUUUCGCCACCGGUCUCCCUCACUACGGCCACAUCCUCGCGGGGACCAUCAAGGACAUCGUUACUCGGUACCAGACCAUGACUGGUCACCACGUCACGCGUCGCUUCGGGUGGGACUGUCACGGCCUCCCCAUCGAGACAGUGAUUGAAAAGAAGCUAGGCAUUAAGAGGAGAGCGCAAGUGGUUGAGAUGGGGAUUGAUAAGUAUAACGAAGAGUGUAGGAGUGUUGUGAGUCUCUUCGUCGAGGAGUGGGAGAAGGUGAUUACUAGGGCUGGUCGUUGGAUUGAUUUCAAGAAUGACUAUAAGUCGAUGGAUUUAGCUUUUAUGGAGAGUGUUUGGUGGGUGUUUGCUCAGCUUUUUGAUAAGAAUCUUAUCUACAAAGGGUUCAAGGUUAUGCCUUUUAGUACUGGGCUGAAAACACACUUGUCUAAUUCAGAAGUGAAAGAUAGCUACAAGUCCGUUUCAGAUCUUGACGCUAUGGUGACGUUCCCAGUUAUUGGUGCUGAAGAUAAUGCUGCUUUUGUGGCCUGGACUACUACUCCGUGGACUCUUCCUUGCAAUCUUGCGUUGUGUGUCAAUGCCAAGAUUGUUUAUCUCAAAGUUCGUAACAAGAAGAGUGGGAAAGUAUACGUGGUUGCUGAAUCUUGCCUCUCAGUUCUUCCCGAUGAUAACCCCAAGCCCAACUUAGCUAAUGCUGCUGAUGCCAAGAAAGCCAAAGACCCUCAAGCCAAAGGUGGUGAUUGUUAUGAAGUUUUGGAGAAAUUUGAUGGAGCUUCACUGGUUGGGAAGAAGUACGAACCGUUGUUUGACUACUUUAAUGAUUUCUCAAGUGUGGCCUUUCGAGUGGUAGCAGAUGAUCAUGUCACUGAUAAAAAUGGUACUGGCAUUGUCCACUAUGCUCCUGCCUUUGGUGAAGACGAUUAUCGUGUUUGUAUUGAGAACAACAUCGUUGAAAAGGGUGAGGGUCUAGUUGUGGCUGUUGAUGAGGAUGGGUUGUUUACUGAGAGGAUUACCCAUUUCUUUGGCCGGUAUGUCAAAGAUGCACAGAAGGACAUCAUUGAAUCCGUGAAGGCCAAAGACAGACUUGUUAAAAGUGGGAGCUUUACUCACGAAUAUCCAUUUUGCCCUCGAACAGACACUCCUAUCAUAUAUAGAGCCGGUCCCAGUUGGUUCAUGCGGGUGGAUGAGCAGUUGAAGGCACAGAUGUUAGAAAACAAUGAGCAGACACACUGGGUGCCAAAUCAUGUGAAGGAUAAACGCUUUCACAAUUGGCUUGAAGACGCAAGGGAUUGGUGCCUUAGCCGAAGUAGGUUUUGGGGCACGCCUCUACCAAUAUGGAUCAGUGAUGAUGGUGAGGAAGUUGUCGUCAUGGAUUCCGUCGAGAAGCUUGAAAAGCUCUCUGGUGUCAAGGUCUUCGAUCUACAUCGUCACCAUAUUGAUCAAAUUACAAUCCCAUCUAGUCGUGGGCCUGAGUUUGGUGUCCUCCGUCGUGUCGAAGACGUUUUUGAUUGUUGGUUUGAGAGUGGGUCAAUGCCUUAUGCGUACAUCCAUUAUCCUUUUGAAAACAAGGAGCUUUUUGAGAAGAACUUCCCUGGUGAUUUUGUGGCUGAAGGCAUUGAUCAAACUCGUGGAUGGUAUAUGUUUUAUCAUCUUUUGGUGCUGUCGACUGCACUAUUUGGAAAGCCAGCAUUUCGAAAUCUGAUUUGCAAUGGUCUUGUGCUUGCUGAGGAUGGAAAAAAGAUGAGUAAGCUUUUACAGAACUAUCCGCCUCCUAUGGAAGUCAUAGAUGAGUAUGGAGCUGAUGCUGUGCGAUUGUACCUCAUAAAUUCUCCAAUCGUACGCGCUGAGUCACUACGCUUCAGAAAGCAAGGAGUACUUGGUGUUGUCAAAGAUGUAUUUCUUCCAUGGUACAAUGCAUACAGAUUCCUUGUUCAGAAUGCAAAGAGAGUUGAGACUGAGGGUUCUGGACCAUUUGUUCCAACUGACCUGGCAACUUUACGGUCAUCAAACGUUCUCGAUCAGUGGAUUCACUCAGCUACUCAGAGUCUUGUUUGUUUUGUCCGCCAGGAGAUGGAUGGUUAUCGGCUUUAUACUGUUGUUCCUUAUCUUCUCAAGUUCCUCGACAAUCUCACUAACAUAUAUGUUAGAUUCAACCGCAAGAGGUUAAAAGGCCGUACAGGAGAAGAUGAUUGUCACAUUGCUCUUUCAACUCUAUACAAUGUGCUUCUCACUUCCUGCAAAGUGAUGACCCCUUUUACACCUUUCUUCACUGAGACGUUAUACCAGAAUCUGCGGAAAGCAUGUGAAGGUUCUGAGGAAAGCAUUCAUUACUGCAGUUUUCCGGAAGCGGAUGGAACGAGUGAUGAGAGGAUUGAACAAAGUGUUAAAAGGAUGAUGACAAUCAUUGACCUUGCGCGGAACAUUCGUGAGCGUCACAAGCUACCCUUGAAAACUCCUCUAAUGGAAAUCACUGUAGUUCAUCCAGAUGCAGAAUUCUUGGAUGACAUAACUGGAAAACUAAGAGAGUAUGUAUUGGAAGAACUUAAUGUAAGAUCUCUUGUGGCAUGCAAUGAUGCUCUGAAGUAUGCGUCUCUAAAGGCAGAACCAGAUUUCAGUGUAUUGGGAAAACGGCUUGGGAAGUCAAUGGGGCUCGUGGCAAAAGAAGUUAGAGAAAUGUCUCAGCAAGAUAUCUUAAGAUUCGAGGAGACGGGAAAAGUUACUAUUGCUGGACACACGUUGGGGCUAACAGAUAUCAAGAUUGUCAGGGUUUUCAAACGUCCGGAUGGUUUGAAAGAUACGGAGAUUGAUGCAAAUGGAGAUGGUGAUGUGUUGGUGCUUUUGGAUCUACGACCAGAUGAUUCGUUGUAUGAAGCAGGUGUUUCUCGUGAGAUUGUCAAUAGGGUCCAAAAACUAAGGAAGAAGUCGGGUCUGGAACCAACAGACGUUGUGGAAGUGUACGUUGAAUCAUUGGACAAGGAUGAAUCUGCUUUGCAACAAGUUCUGAGCUCUCAGGAACGAUACAUUAAGGAUACAAUUGGUUCAUCUUUGCUUCCGUCUACGUUGAUGCCAUCUCAUGCAGUGGUAUUAUCUGACGAGAGUUUCCAAAACGUUUCAAAGCUAUCGUUUAAGAUUAGCUUGGCUCGUCCGGCUUUGAAGUUCAACGAAGAUGCUAUUGUUGCCUUGUAUUCAGGAGAUGAGAAAUUUGCAAGGGGGCUUCAAGCCUACUUGUUAUCACGGGACCAUUCGAAUUUAAAAUCAGAAUUCCAACAAGGAAAUGGGAAGAUAACUAUAAGUUGCAUUGAGAAGCUGCCAGUGGUGAGUGUGGUCCUUGGAGACCAUCUUCAUUUGACUGUCGGGGACUACUUGUUGAGCACGACCAAUUCAUGA